GCCCUCCGCGACAAGCUCGCGGAGGAGCUGUCCGUGCUCGCCGACGAGAUCGCCGAGCUGGUCGCCAGCCGAAAGACGGCGGAGGAGAUCCGCGCCAAGGAGAAGGCGGAGAACGAGUUCACCGUCGCAGAGGCGCAGGCUGGUCUCGAAGCCAUCAACAUGGCCAUGGACAUCUUGGACAAGUGGUACAAGACGAACGCGAAGAACGAGGUCUCGCUCUCCCAGCAGGGCCCCGCGGAUGACGCGCCCGACGCGGGCUUCGACAACUUCGAG